GUCAUUCAUUGUCAUAAAUAAAAAAAAACAAAAUGCGAGUAAAAAAAGAAUAAACAAAUAUAUAAUUACACCGUAAUGAUUCAUCGAAACUAUGGAAGUAUCAGGAGGGGCGUUGUUGAGAUCUAAGUCUUCAAACAGAGCCAUACCAAGUGCCGCCACGAAAACUAAAAAUUUGAGUACCGGUGACGUGGGGCACAAGAUGGAGAAUAAGAAGAGGCGCGGGGUCUACGUUGAGAAGUGGGUGAACCCUGAAUUGCCCGCUGAAGAUAACAAAAGAUAUAAAUCGAAAGCACAGCCAAUACCUCGGCCACAACCAAACAAAUUGCUAACAACUGCCCCGAGGGAAUCCAACAUCUCGACCUACACUCGCCUCCUGGGCACUCGGGACCCCGCGGUCCGGUUCAUAAAACGUAAAAAGAAGACCCUCCCUGAAAAUCUUCCAAAACAGUGCUCUAAAACAUCGAAACUGUCAAAACACGAGAAUAAACCAAGGAAUAUUGUGGAAGAGAAUAAAAAUAUGGACAAGUUCAGACACAAUCACGCAAAAGAUGCGGAAUUUAUCACAACCACCCGAAAGGAUCGAAGAGAAAGGAAGGAGGAAGGAGGAGAAAGGGAUCUACAAACGCCAUCUACAUCUUCAAAAAUAACCCGAGCCAUGUCUUUCGAUACCAACUGGUCCACCAUCUUCCCUCACAGAGAGAGCAGAGAUAAAACUAAUUUAUUACAGCAUUAUAUCUACAAUGACUGUAAACCAAAGGAUAAAGAUAAAUUAAAAACUGCAGAGGGUAAAGACGAACAGAUCUAUACCUUUUUCAAAGAACUCAUCGAGUCAGUUUAUGAAGAAGAGACAAACAAACCUGAUACAAAUCCUGAUAUACAGAGUGGCAAAUCUUCUGAAAUCAAACUUGAGAUAGACGACCCUGUAGCGCAGAAACUGCAAGAAUAUAAUUCCAAGCAAUACACGAUCGAAGACAAGGAUUUAGUGUACGAGCAAAGUCGUGAGCUGGCGGAUUAUUACAACAAUAAGUCACGGUUAACACCACAGAAAAAAGUGAAGCGAAGAAAGAAAAACAUAAAAUACACGUUCACUGAUAAGUCUGCAUGCUCAAAAGGAGACAGGCCUAAAAAGUCUAAUCUUCUAACCCUUUUGAAACAACAAUUGGCAAUAGAUUUGCAGAAGCAGGAGCCUGAAAGCAUGUACGAAGCGCUUCUGAACAUAGCGAAAAAUAAACGCAAGCGUAAACAAAUAUAUUUCGAGAUAACGAAAAAACCUAGCGACCUAGAAAGGGUAUGCAGAUUUAAACGGCGAAAUUUAAUUUCACCAAGCACGAGAAUGCCGAAAAGGGUGAAACAGACGAGUAGGCGCGAUAAAAUUAUGGGUGGAGAGCGAAGCGAGUCGUCUACCUCGACAGAGUUUGAAUCUCACCAUUCCUUGGAAGUGCAGGGUUUUGAUUAUGUUACGGAACCGUUGGAAGUCGGUACGGCGAUCAGUAGUAUCAGGACAAUCACGAACUUAAAUGAAGGCAUAGUAUCUGUCACGCAUCAUUGGAAACAUUGAAUCAUGUCCUUAAGACUCUUUAGGAUAUAUGUAGAGGAGUUUUUGCAACCUUUAUAUGCCAGGUAAAUAUGUAAGUCAGACUGAACAACUUUCGCUAUGUGACCAACACCGAAAUGCGAAAAAGAAUUAGGUGCCACAAAACCACUUAACUACAGUCUACUAAAACUAGUCUGUCAAGCCAUUUCCGUCAGUAGAAAAAAGCGGCAGAAAAAUGUACACGCGAAAGGUUUAAGGACGAUAUUUUUUUAUGGGACGAUAGUCCCAUAAAAAAAUAUUUCGCGCCUUUUUCUACUGACUAAGAAAACUCUGCGAAGAUUUUGAUAGCACCCGCAGUGCAAGUGUUAUUUUAAACUAUGAAAUUAGGACGUAUAAAUAACACUUGCACUGCGAUUGCUAUCAAAAUCGUUGCAGACUUUUCUUGGUGUAACUCUUAUCUUUUUUUGGUGUUGCAAUAGUUAUUUAUACAUUUAAUGAAAACUUUUUUGCCUCAAAACUGCGAAAAGAAUAUUCAGACCUUAUUGAAGACAUUCGAAUCAUUCGAGUUAAUUUUUUACCAUCUAGUUGGUUUUGGUCUAUAGUUAGAUGGUCUUACGGUGUCCCAAAGAACACAUCGAAUUUCGAUCAGCAGAAACGUAUGAAACAGUUUUUUUUUUCACGUCGCUUUUGUAGUUCCAUAGUAAAUGUUCUGUAUGACGUUAGCCUUGUAAUGUAUGACCAAAAGUAAAAAAAAAAUGUAUCAAAGUAAUUUCACAAAAAUUGUAUAAAUAAAACACAGCGCAACUU